UUUGUAUGGCUUUCGUUUAAUGAAACAAAGUAGCUCGUAGUGCUGGUAUAAUGUACAGGCAUUUUGAGACCGUAUUAAGUCCAAGUUACAUUCCACUUAAAAAACCAUUUUGCAAGUAUUUACUGACGUGAAUCAAGGAUUUUUCUUAACACGUAAGCAUUUACCUUUUAGCGAGUAAGAAAAUAAACUAUGUAAGAACAUGUAAAUUGGUUGUGGUGUGCUUCUACAAUUGUAAAGAAAAAAUCAAACCGUUAAGAGCUAGAGAAAUGAGACAAAAGUGCUACUGACCUGCUUUGUCCUCUUAUACUCAAUACACAAAAAAUGAUUUUGUCUUAGAGACUGAUAUAAUUUUAAAUCCUGAGAGAAUGGUAAAAGAAUUAACCACAGCAAUCUCCUAUUACUUUUUUGUUGUGUAUAUAAUUUAUGACUGUUUACUGCAUGCAUCUACUGUAUUUUUAUGUUGGUCAUUCCUAUAUCACAAUGCUAAAUAUCUUGGAAAAUAUUGUUUAUAAGACCACCAUUUUGUUAGCAAUCCAGUUAACAAUUUAAAUUCUUAUAUAUAUUUUUAGAUAAUGCUAAUCAAUAUAUACAAUCAUGCCUUGGUAUUUCCCCUGGUCUGAAUCAAUAAAGAAGCGUGCCUGUCGCUAUUUGUUACAGCAUUAUCUGGGAGAUUUUUUGAAAGAGAAGCUCGACCUUGACCAAUUGACCGUUGAUUUAUAUCAUGGCAAAGGAACGGUUACGAAUAUUCCACUUGAUGUUUGGGCGUUAAAUGAGAUGAUGUCCAAUGCAGGCAUUCCUCUGGAAAUGGUUGAUGGUUUUAUUUCCAGUAUCUCAGUAUCUGUUCCUUGGAAAGCACUGCUGAAUGACAGCUGUGAAAUUGAGAUACAUGGACUACAACUAACAUUCACGCCAAAGCAGAAGGUAGAAGAAGGAAGUAUGCUGGACAGUACCUAUUCAUGGAACUCCAUGAGUAUGACCACUAGUAUUCAGUUGGCACAAGAAUGCCUACGUCAAGAAGCUGCAACCAGUGGCGAUGAAAAUGCUGAUGCAGGACAAUCAUUUGAGGGAUUGGAAGCAUUUGCACAAACUAUUGAAUCUGUAUUAGCUCGUGUGAGACUAUCGUUUGCUGAUAUACUUGUUCGAAUGGAGCAUAUGCCGAUGGAUUCAAAAACUGGAGUUGGGAUUGAAUUACACAUUGAUCGUAUGGAUUACUGGGACCUUUCUCAUGAAGAAGUUGGGGAAGAAAAUGCACCACAACAUAGUGUUUAUGAGCCAGUUGCAGUGGCGAUCAAAAACUUUCAAAUGAAAGGAAUAAACUUGUUUAUAGAUGAAUUUCCAAAACAUAAAAGGACCCGUUUGAGAGAAACAUUACCUGACGAGAAUUUAGAUGAAUAUACAAUCAAUCAGUUUUCUCAUGUGGGGGAAGAUUUUUAUAAAUACUCAACAAAGGAGAGGAAAGGAAGUGAGAAGGAUGAUAUGCCAGGCUUACUACAGAAAGACAAGAUUUUAUCAUCUUAUGGUAAACAAAAUGUUAAGGUUAAACUGAAACAAAGUGAAGCGUUGCCUGGGCCUAAGGUAGACGUUGAUUACUCACUAGCAGGAUUAAAUAUAUUUUUGACACCUCGUCAACUCCAUCUUCUUGUUGAUGCUGUUUCUGCUAUCCCAGAAGCAGGACCACCCCAGGGAGAAGUCUCAGAGUCAGCAGGUUCUUCACGUAGAACAAGAAUGCGCGAAAUGAAAUCUGAAGAUUAUAUGAAGGUUGAAGAAUCAUUACAAAGUCAAUUUCAUGGAACGGAAACGCAGAACUGGAAGCAAGCGCUGAACAGUUUGCAGUCUGAUGCCACCAACACAAACAGUUUAGCAAAUCAAUCUACUGCAAGCGAGGAAGAAUUCUUUUCAAUGUCAGAUUUCCCCUUACCAGCUUUAGGGCAACCAACACUAUUAAGUACUGUAAAACAACAUAAUCUUUCAUUUAAUGUCAAUGACCCAAAUUCGUUCUCACCUACUUCACCACGAUCUACAUUAAGUAACAUUAGUUUGGGUGGAAGCAGCAGCUCUUUAAGCACAAAAGGGACAUUAACAGAAAGAGCAAGUACUGUAUUCCGUGCAUCUUCAGUUGGAUCAUCAGGUUCAAGAUUCACACAUGGUUUCUCUUCACCCCCUACCAAUGUUGGUCUGGCAGGAAUUAGCACUUUGGAUGAUUCCAUGAACACAACACAUGUUAAAUUAAGAUCCAGCAAUAUAGUCUUAGUACUCCUUCACCGCGAUCCUUUAAUAUCGCAGCAUGAAGUCAGUGACAGCUCCAUGGAAUAUUGUUUGGAAGAAAUGUCCUCAUUGUUUUUUUCACAUUUGGAAAAGUUUUCUAUGCAUAGUUUGUUUGGGCUAAGUGGAGAGGAUUUUCGUGACAGUUUGCUUACAACAUGCUGUUAUGAUCAUAUCAGAAUUCUAGCCUCUGCAGUUACAUUGGAGAUGGAACAAAAAAUUAUAUCAGGCUCAAAAUCUCUAACAACGGACAUGAUUGUAGGGAAACUUGCUGUUGAUGAAAAUCUGUAUGACACAGUCAAUAAAAUUGAGAAAAAGACAAAGAUACCCUAUUCCCAAACUAAACUACUUCAGUUCAAGUUACAAGAAGAUUCUCCAUUAUAUCCUGGUAUGUUUGGUGCAAAUUUGUCGCCCUGUGUGAAAGUUAAGAUGUUUAAGACCCAAAGAGCUGGUUCAACAGGAGUUCAGUCGAGGUCAACAUUGCCACCGAAAUCCUCUGUGACAGUUGAAUUGGGUGUUUUAGAUGCAGAAAUUGAUUUGACAAUGAUAGAUCGUAUUGUUGCCUUAUUGCAUCCUGGUCCAUUGUACAAAAUGAAUAAUACAAAACACACCAACAUAAAUAACAUGUACGCUUCGUUGGCUACUGGUCAAUCGGCUAAUCAACAAACAGCUUUUCGACAAGUUAUGGAUGACAGUCCUAUGAUAGGAGAAUAUAAAACAGAUUUUUCUGUUCAGUGUUCAAAUGCUACCUUGCUAAUAAGAUUCCCAGUUCCAGACCUUCGACCCUCCAGUGAUAUUAACAAGAGGCCAUGGUGGCAUAAAGCUGUGCACAAGGAGAAUUUAAAAGUUGACAUUUCCUCUUUCGAGUUGAAAACCUCACUACAUGCAAUCCAAACCUCAUUUACUUAUGAUAUAACUUUUAAAAAAGCAAGAGCAUUCUUUCUGGUGCAAGGUAAUUAUUAUCAUUUAUUUGACAUUGGCAUGGAGGAUGGAGACAAAAAUUCAAUGGGUAUUGACAUGCCAAGAAUACUAAUCACUUCCUGUCAGCCAGUCAAUUCAGUAUUUGAAAAUGACGUCUCUAAAGAUUCAUCGCCUGACUCCAUUGAAAGUGAAUAUCCAUGGAUGAAAAGCGAACCAUCACCAUUUGCAACACAACAAACAAUGUAUGAGAAUGAAGAGAUGGUGUUACCAGGAUCAGUAGCAGAGAUGAAUGCUUUUCAAGAAUUUGCAACAAUGAACUCAAAAUUUACUAUCAACUGUUAUGUUCCAUACGUUCAAAUGAACUUGCACACUAAUGACAUUUUUGAGCUUGUUUACAACAGGUUUUUCGGAGAUCUAAUGAUGUGGGAAUCACUUGCUCCAUCCCCUGUUGACUUUAAUACUAAACAAAUGAAUCCAUAUGAAAGCGUACAUAUCAAUCUAGCUAGCCAUAUUGGCCAACUUGACAAUGGUGGCGAUAAAUUUUUUAUGUGUCGUUCAGCAAUACGAGAUGCGUUUGAUUCUCAUUCAAAUGACACAAGUUUCUUUUCUGCUGAUUACACAGACAGUCCGCAAAAACAUCAUGAACAAACAAAUCUGUGUUUUUCUUUACACAUUGAUAAAGGAGAAAUUGCGUUGUUUCCUCCUGCGAAGGAUUCAUCCUCUGAUAUGUCUUCAUCUACUCCAACCGAUACAUCUUGCACAAAUGUUAAUGCGAUAAAAGAAGUUGGACAUGUUGUAUUGAAUGUGAAAAAUGGGCAUUUUUUUAUCGCCUCUGGUUAUAAAGGCCAAUCAAAUACAGACUUUAUGGAAUUAUACUCGAAUGAAGUUGAGCUAUUCCAUAGUAACUAUGUGAACGACUCGAUUAAUAUAAAUAUUAUGGCAGAUGCAUUAAAUACUAGUGACUUAUUAAACACAAUACAUCCUUCUGAUGAUAAUGUAAGCUCAAAAUGUAAAGGGGCUAUGGGUGCUGGCACAGAAAAUCUAGCCAUGCUGUCAUUGGCUUUGAAGAGUACAUCACAACCCUCUUCUAAAACUAAGGAUAAUAAAUUAGCAGUAGCUCUUCGAGGUGGUACUCUAAACCAUGUGAUUAAGCCUUCAGGACAGAGUUGGCUGUUACAGCUAAUGAAUUUUAUGAGUAUCGAAGACUACCCUAUCCUUGGAUACACAUUUCCAUCCACUAUCACUGGACUGCAUUUGCAUUUAUGGGGGUGUGCGGUUGAUUACAGACCCAUCAAUCUUCCCGUACAUUCAUUGCUGACAGUUGAAAUGUUCAGUUUGUCCAGCAACUUGAUACCAAUGUCAAAAACAUCUAUUCUAAGAUUUCUGAUAGAAGACUCCACAUUCUAUAUCUGUGACAAAACGACUGAUGACGUUAACACGUCCAGCUACAUUCCUGUCAUGGAUAUGGCAAUGUUUGAGUUGACACUGAAGCUUACCGAUGGGUUGGACACCCGUCAACCUGUCUUUGAUCUUGCCAUGUCAAAUAAUAUGUUGAACAUUCGAACGUGUUCGGAUUCGUGCGUUGCAUUAAUGAAACUGAUCAAAUAUUUUGCUUCUGAUGGUGAUUUACAACUGGAUGGCUGUGUGUCAGAUACAACCUCGGAAGGAGAAGCGGAAUUAGAUACAACUUUACCUUCAACACCAGUUAUUGAUGGCCAGACCAUGGAUUCAAAUCAUAUUGAUGUACUGAUGGCAGACGCUAUGCUAGAUGACAACGAUGACAAAGUUGAUGGUAAGUUUGAAGGUACACUGAUUGAUGAAUGUUUUGAUGAUAUUGAAGAAGAUGAUCCAUCCAGUAGCGAUGAGUAUUGCUUCUUGGAUAACGACACACCAAAACAAAAUUCGGAUGAGCAUGAUCCUAUUGUUCGAAUGCUGACUGACAAAAAAAUAAACAUAAUUGAUGGUUAUUUUCAAAUACCGCUGGGUAAACAAGACCUAUUAGGUUCCCCAGACGACUACCCCCCUGCUGUGUACAGAUACACGAUUCGUGAAAUGUCACUAGUGUGGCAGAUGUAUGGUGGAAAUGACUUUCAAACAACGAGAACAAGGAGAACUAGCUCAACAUCGAGCCCUAAAGUCUCUUCAUCUCGCAAGUCUUCUUUAAGUUCACACCGAGCGACUUCUCCUAGUAAAGCUGACACGAAAUAUAAGGUGCACAGAGUGAAGGGCGGUGUUAACCGCGAUGUUAAUACGUUGAUGGAACUUCAGAUGAACAAGAUACGAUUUCAACACGAAGUAUACCCGGAAAAAAACAAACAAAUUUAUCGAGACGUCCUUUUAAUUUACGACCUUGAAAUACGUGAUCGGCUGGUGUCUUCACAACUCAACAAGUUCCUUUAUUGCUUUUCGUCUGAAAAUCUACCAAAACAGUCAAGCGCUAAUAUGGUGACCAUAAAGCUACUGGUUAGUAAGCCUGAAGACGAGGCUCGCUCUGAAGAAGCAUCGUUACGAGUUUCGCUACAACCUUUACGACUAAAUGUUGAUCAGGAGUCAUUGUUUUUCCUUAAAGACUUUUUCGCCGAGAUAUCCGGAAAUAAACCGACUCCCAAACCGGUAAAUCCGGAUCUUUCCACUUGUUUAUCUUCGUCACCUGGUAGAGAGCCGUUCCAAACUAUCUCCGAUUCUCCUGUGAUGUCAUCGCCUGUGAAAAACGAGAUGUUAAAGCAUUCGUCGUCUUCGGAAAGUUUAAAAUCGGAAAAAUCGGCCGCACUGUUUAUAAAAUCUUUUGUUUUUUCUCCAGAGGUUCCGAUAAGAUUGGAUUAUCAAGGCAAAUACAUAGCGAUUGAGCAGGGUACACUAGCCGGUCUGAUAAUUGGACUAUCGCAGUUAAACUGUUCAGAAUUACGACUAAAACGUCUAUGCUGUCGAAGCGGCUUGCUAGGCAUUGACAAACUUAUCUCCUACAUCCUUCAAGAAUGGUUGAACGAUAUCCGACAAAACCAGUUAAAGAGUAUACUUGGCGGUGUGGGUCCAACGUAUAGCUUGUUACAGCUGUUUCAAGGCGUGAAAGAUUUGUUCUGGAUGCCAGUACAGCAAUAUAGACAAGACGGGCGCAUCGUUCGUGGACUGCAACGAGGCGCCCAUUCAUUCAGUACGUCGACAGCUAUGGCUAUGUUGGAACUGUCAAAUCGCUUAGUCACCACCAUACAGAGUUUUGCUGAGCUGACGUUUGAUAUGGUGAGUCCAGGUCCAAGCCACGUGUCUGCUUUACAAACACGAAGUAGUGGUCAAGUUGCACAACCAGCUGAAAUGAGGGAAGGACUUGUUAACGCGUAUACUGUGCUCACUGAGGGUUUCUCACAAACGGCAUCAAACAUUGUUCGAGUUGCGACGGAAGAACACGAGAAAAAAGGUAUGACGGGUGCCGUGGGUGGCGUAUUAAGACAAAUACCACCCACGGUUGUCAAACCACUCAUACUUGCUACUGAAGCCACCUCAAAUGUGCUGGGCGGCGCAAUGAAUCAGCUUGCGCCUGAUAAAAGAAAAGAAGCUCUUGAGAAGUGGAGAACCGAAAACUCGUGAUCAGCUUGUACAAGUUUAAGUGUGUUGAUAACAAUGGUGUCGCAGAGAAACAAAAAUGUUAAGAUCAUCGACUUCACAUAUGAUGGCUAUUUUUUAGCGAGUGUUAAGUAGGCGGAAUUGUAUUCGACUUGGUGUCGAUGUAUGGAGUAUGAUCUCCCCAGCAUAAUACUAUCCCUUCUUAAAGUAUUACUUCCAAAGACAUGCGUAAAUUGCAAAUGCGUUUUCGCUGUAUGUACUAUUGUAAAUUGUGACCUGGCGCGUUUCAAAAUGAACUAAUUUUCACUCAAACUCUUGUCGUAAUAAUUUUGAAGUUGUCUAAAGUUAAUUGCGAAUUAAUUUUACGAUAUUACCAGAAAAAAAUCAUACUUGCGAGCUUGUACACAAUGAUACCGUGUCGGUAUUCUCAUAGUUGCGUGGUUACGAUGAUAACCACAUCAAUGAUUGCAAACAGCUGUGUUGCAAUACACCAAUCUCGCCCCAGGACCACUGCACCUACGACAUGCUGACGGAGCAGGUUUGUAUGCCAUUGGUGUAGAAUGGACCGGGAAUGGGGUUGUACAGUAAAUGUAUGUACGGUAAAUUUCUUAUAUUAAGUAAACGUUUUAUCGCAAAAAAGGUUUAUGUAAAUUUUUGUGUAUUUUGAUAAAUUUAUGUAUUAAAAUGUCGAAUUCUUUAAUAACAA